AUGUCCUGCCCCUCAUCUGUCGACGAUGUCGAAAAAGGGAUCGGCGAGCAGGAGCCAUUCCCUACUGUGCGCGUGCCACUCGCAAUAGGUCAUUCCGACUCCAACAUGACUGAUACGACUUUAACGAACACACCCCCGUCUACGCCGGCCGCUGAGAACUCGCCCAGACUUCCCCAUUCCUCCACUGACAAGCUGGAACCGGAGUCGCUAUCAUCUCCUCCCUCCCGCGGAAUACCUCCAGUAUUGUCGCCACCGAAGAAGAAGCUUGUAACAUACAGGGCAUCCAGAUGGGUCCGAUUUCAACUGUGGUUUAACACAUAUCGCAAAUUCUUCGCCUUCGUCAUGGCCAUCAAUCUAACAGGGAUUGCCCUUGCUAUUGCUGGCGUUUGGUCAUAUCCACGGAGAUACACAGGCGCGCUCGUCCUGGGCAAUCUACUUGCCGCCAUCCUUAUGCGAAACGAACUUUUCGGACGCCUGCUGUACCUAAUCGUGAAUACCUGCUUCGCGAAAUGGACACCGCUUGCAUUUCGCCUAGGGUGUACGUCUGUGCUACAGCAUCUGGGCGGCAUUCACUCAGGGUGUGCGACUUCUGGGUUCCUUUGGCUCAUAUUCCGCGUUGCGACGAUCUUAAUCGACCAUAAAAACAACCACGAUUCGAUCCUUGUCAUGGGUGUUAUUACGAACAUCAUCGUCGGAAUAUCCAUCAUCUCUGCAUUCCCUUGGGUUAGGAAUACACACCACAACAUCUUUGAGAGGCACCAUCGCUUCAUGGGGUGGCUAGGAUUGAUAGCAACUUGGAUAUUUGUUGUUCUCGGCAACAGUUACAAUUUGAAGACGCAUUCUUGGAAUCCGGACGGUCUGCAUGUCAUUAGACAGCAGGACUUCUGGUUUGCGUUCGGAAUGACUGUCUUUGUCAUAAUUCCGUGGUUCACUAUCCGUGAAGUCCCGGUGCAGGUUGAAAUCCCAUCACCAAAAGUGGCAAUAAUCCGCUUCGAACGCGGCAUGCAACAAGGUCUACUUGCGAGGAUCAGCCGAAGUUCUAUUAUGGAGUACCAUGCUUUCGGUAUCAUCUCCGAGGGACCCAAGGCGAAGGACCACUACCUAAUCUGUGGGGUGCAGGGCGACUUCACCCGCUCCCUCGUCGAGAAACCUCCUACCCAUCUCUGGACGCGGCAGUUGAAGUUCGCAGGCGUCUCCAACACUUCCACACUCUACAAACGAGGCAUCCGAGUAUGCACCGGAACGGGCCUAGGUGCCGCUCUCUCUACAUGUCUGCAGAGUCCUGACUGGUACCUGGUCUGGAUAGGCUCUGAUCAAGAAAAGACAUUCGGCCCAACAAUAUCUGGACUCCUCCAUCGCAACAUUGGGCCUGAGCGAAUGACGUUGUGGGAUUCCAAGAAGAGAGGUGGGCGACCAGACGUCAUGAAGCUCAUCAAGGAGGCAUAUUACUCUUGGGGUGCUGAAGUCGUAUUUAUCACUUCGAAUUAUCUCGGAAACCGCGAGAUGAUGGAGGGUUGCAAGGAGGCUCGGAUACCAGCGUUCGGAACACUCUGGGACUUUUAA